CUGGAAAUCCAGGGAGAAUAGCUAAAACCCUUCCCCCUUCCUCUUCUUAUGGAUCGUCGGCCUUUUUAUCAACCCAUAUCCCACAAGUUUCACGUUAUCGUUUCCCCAAUCAUCAUCAACAAAGAACUGACUUUUAUUAUUUCCUUCAUUGUUAUGCUGACUUCAUCUAUUAUUUUCUUUUAUAACGUAAGCCCUUCCACGCCAUUCUCUACUUAUUUCUUGGCUAAAAUCGUUCCCAGCUAUCGAAAAUCAGCCCCUGGAGUUUGUGAUUAUUCUAAUGGGAGAUGGGUUCGAGACGAUAGUUACUGGGUCGGGUCCUACAAUGAGAAUUGCCCGUUUAUCGAUGCUGGUUUCAGGUGUCGAGAAAAUGGACGACGUGAUCUAAGUUAUCUCAAAUGGCGGUGGCAACCCCAUGGCUGUGAUCUUCCAAGGUUCAAUGCAACCGACCUUAUGGAGAGGAGUCGGAAUGGGAGAAUAGUAUUUGUGGGAGAUUCAAUCGGGAGAAACCAAUGGGAGUCUCUGUUAUGCAUGCUCACAACAGCAAUUUCUAAUCAGUCUGCAAUUUAUGAAGUGAAUGGGAACCCAAUAACCAAACACAGGGGCUACCUCUCUUUCAGAUUUCAAGACUACAACCUCACAAUCGAAUAUUACAGAGCGCCCUUCCUAGUUUACAAUGGUCCCCCACCGGAGAAUUCCUCAGACAAAGUCCGAAGUGCUAUCAAGCUUGACCAACUGCAUGGGCGCUCCAAACAGUGGACUGGAGCCAAUGUUCUAGUUUUCAACGCUGGACACUGGUGGAGUGAAGACAAAACUACAAAGAUGGGCUUCUAUUUUCAGGAAGGAGAGGUUUUGAACAUGACGAUGGAUGCUAUGGAGGCAUUUCGGAAGUCUCUGUGGACGUGGAAGUCAUGGGCAACACAGAAAUUAGAUCCUGAAAGGAGUAAUAUCUUUUUCCGAAGCUACUCUCCAGUUCAUUACAGGGAUGGUAAGUGGAAUGGAGGAGGUCAUUGCGAUCUUAUUACUGAACCAGAAACAAACGACACCAAAUUGGAAGCUGAGCCAUUGAAUAAUGUAUUCAUUUCUGAGGUAGUCAAACAGAUGGAAUACGAGAAUAGAAAUGUCCAGCUCCUAAACAUCACAUAUCUGACAGGGUUUAGGAAAGAUGGCCACCCUGCAAACAAUCGGGAGCCUGGCAUUGGCGAUUCUGCCUUUCAAGACUGCAGCCAUUGGUGCUUACCAGGAGUGCCAGAUACAUGGAAUGAACUUCUCUAUGCUCGCCUGUUGUCCAUGGGAUUCAGGACCAAGUGAAAAAAAAGGAAAGAAAAAAGAGAGAUAUGAAAAAAAUAAAUAAAAUAAAAAAAAUAAAGAAAGAAAAGAAAACAACUAGACUACCUU